AUGACCUCGCAUUUGCCAGCCAGAGAGGCUCAGAGCGUUCGCCAGCGUGGAAGGAUCUCUGCCGAAAGUUCCUCGCAUCUCUUGUUCCUCGACACUUCACUCGCACCGCUCGAAUUGACUCGCCGCUCGCACAGACUUCAUCGCUUCAUUCCCCACAUCCAUCCUCACGCGACCUCUCAACUCGCCAUGACCCGCUCUUCGCACCACCACAAGGAGGUCCCGCACAACCUCCGUUCGAACUACAUGCCGCUCAAGAAGGAGGGAUCUGGCAGGGCCAACUGGGGCAGCGACCACGAUGACAUCGUUGAGGGAAUCGCCCUCGCUCGCUCGGACGACUGGAUCUCGCAUUCGCCCGCGGACGUUGGCGCUCACAAGAUCUCCAUCUCGCCCCCGACGUCCCCCUCGCUCGCCGACACGGCGGCCAAAAGCGCGGACCCCGCUCCUUCCGCCUCCGCCUGA